UAUUCUCUCAAACAAAUAAUAAUAAUCAAUGGCUGAGUAAUAAUGUGAUAGUUAGUUGAUAUAGAAAUAAAUUGUAGGAUUGACCACAAAAAAUGAGUGAUAAAAAAAUUAAAUCAGUUCCCACUCAACAAUUUGAUGCCGCGCUCAAUGAGAUACAAGUGCUGCGGGAAAAAUUGGACAGCAAGUCAUGUGCAUUGAUUAUACUGUCCCAGGAGUUGCUGGAAUGUAAGGCACAAAAAGAUCAAUUUAAAUUAAUGGGCGAACAGCUCAGGGAACGGUAUGCUCAAGUGAAACGCAAGAUGGAAGGUCUGGGACCUACACUGUCCAAUGUGUAUGACUACGAGUACGAUAUGCCGCGCAAUAGUGCCAAUUGCCAGCAAACGGAACCGUUAGGUCAACUGUUAAUUACAAUGAAAGAACAAAACAAACAUCUGAUCCGCGAAAUUGAUGAUUUGAGGAUGAAAUUAGAGGACGCAGAGGGUGACUUAAAGAUAGUUAGGGGACAGAUGAGGACAAUGUCACAGCAUAUCGACAGCGCGGCCUACGAGUCGCGAGAUCGCAACAACAUAGACAUGAAUGUCAUACAGGAACUGGAGUUUUAUAAAAAUAAAGUGGUUUUAUUGGAAAGAGAUCUUCAGUCAGUGCUCGAUGAGAAGGAAGAGUUGAUUUUAUCUCGCGAUUCGUAUAAACUGAAAGUCGACAGACUUAACGAAAAACUCAAUGAUCUCAUGAGAAACGAGUUGACUACUGGAACUGCCAGUAGAGCAUCGGGUGGAUCAGUCACUAAUGAUGGCAACAAUGGUAGCGGACCUGGAGGUGGAAUGGCUAACACUAUGACUGAUAACCGUAUUUUCGAUAUCGAUCAGCUGUUUAUGGAGAACCGAUACCUUCAGGAGAAGCUCAAGACUUACGAUGAAGAGAAACGUCUGCUGACAUUGCGUUUAACCAAAUAUAAGGAAAUACUCGACAAGAAGCGCAUGAAUGCCAACAAAUUAAGUCCACAAGCGCUGAGAAAUUCGUUGUCAUCGACCGGCCAGACAUUGGCCGGUAUUAAUGUCAUAACUGCCCGACAAAUUGAGGAACUUAUUGCCACUGAUGCCAUAAACAAUAUGGAUGUGACGGCCACUAAUUUAUUACAAUUGAAAAAUCUAGUGAUCGCACUGUUUGAUGGACUUCAAGACAAAAGUGUAAGUCUAUCGCACGCCAAGAGAACCAAUAAAAUUUUAGGCAAACGGGUCGAGGAGUUAGAAACUCAGGUCAGAUGUCUGCGGUCGGCCACCGCUAAAGAUAAGAUGCCUAUCAUGAAGACCGAAUCGCUGGAAAGCAAUACCAGCAGUAAUACAACUACCAGUGCAUCAAAUCAGGACGAUUUGGCCACACCUGAUGACGAUCUGGUUGGCGAUGAAGACGAGAUAGAAGAUCGAGACUCGUCGUCGACACCGAUUGACGAUCGAGAUGUCAAUGAAGAUGACGACGAAUUGCCGCCAGAAUUGGACCGAUUGGUCAAAGAGGCCAUCAAUGAGCUCAAGAUUAGGGAUUUAGAGGAACCAAUUGGACAGACAGUCACUAGCAAAACGAUAGCCAAAAACAACGAUAACAGUUAUUACAGUAUUAGUCAAUAAUGAAAAGUUGUGAA